AUGUUGCAAGAUUUAAGUACAAGAUGUGCAAUAUACACAAAACAACAAGAUGGGACAUUUACUCAAUGUGAAAAUUUUGCGUUUACGCCGAUAAAUGGAGGAAUACAAUUUGAUAAAAAUAUUCCCUUUUUUGUGGAGGAGACAGACAUUUCAACACUCUUUAUUUGCCGUUCCCAUUAUUUAUUAAUUCAAAAUCCAUCAGAAUUUAAUAAUUUAAAUACUCAAAUAAAUAGUCAAAAAGAAGAGGAAGAUUUUAUUGAAGAAUUUACAAAUUUUGUCCAGCAAAUUUCCAACAAAAAACAAAUUAAUUUUAAUCAGUCCGAGGAAUAUUUAAAAAGUCAAUUGAUUACAAAAAAUUUAUUAGAAAAAUAUCGCAAGCCAGUAAAUUAUGCACAAAUGAAUGAAUCAACGCUUCUCGAUGGAAUAAACGAACAUUUUAGGAAUAUAGUAGCUGAUCCUAAAGAGGUUAUGACAAAUUUUAUGUUUACAAUAAAUCAUAAAUUAAAUUGUGUUGAUAAUUCUAAUGAAGAGAAUAAAUAA